ACUAACGUCGCUGCGCCGUGUUUCCGGCGGAGUCGCGCGCUCGUCGCACAAUCAUCGGAUCAGCUGCGAUUGAACGCCUCUAAUCCUCGCACUCGCCCACGAGCAUGAAAAGCAUGUGGACGCUGAUUUCGAAGGCACUUUGUCGGAUCACCGGCCGAGCCGCGGGAGCCCAAACACUGUCGGAGCUGCUGACUGACCUGUCAGAGUAUGUGGCGCUCAGCUCCCCGCUGCAGCUCCCUUCACCUGAGACACAGCACCAGCCACCAGAUGAGGGCGCUAGAGGAGCCGGCGCUCCGUUAGGUAGUGGGGCCGAGCCACUCGUCCGACCAGCCCCCAGGGUCGUGGUCUCUCGCUCCUUCGCCGACGUCACGCCGCAGGCGACCUUUGACAUCAAGAGAUGUGACCUGCACCUGCUGGAGGACGGCCCUCCAGUGACGGCCCAGCUCACCCGGGAGCAGGGCCUGCAGUACUACAGGACCAUGCAGACCAUCAGGAGGAUGGAGCUGAAGGCCGACCAGCUGUACAAGCAGAAGAUCAUCCGAGGGUUCUGUCACCUGUACGACGGUCAGGAAGCGUGCGCCGCAGGCAUCGAAGCGGCCAUCCGCCCGUCGGACCACCUGAUCACGGCGUACCGCGCCCAUGGCUACACCUACACGCGCGGCGUGCCGGUCAGAGAGAUCCUGGCUGAGCUCACGGGUCGGCGAGGGGGUGUGGCCAAAGGCAAAGGCGGCUCCAUGCACAUGUACGCGCCACAUUUCUACGGAGGGAACGGCAUCGUGGGAGCUCAGGUUCCUCUGGGCGCCGGCGUGGCGCUGGCGUGUCAGUAUCAGGGGAACGAUCAGCUGUGUGUGACGCUGUACGGAGACGGCGCCGCCAACCAAGGGCAGCUCUUCGAGGCCUUCAACAUGGCGGCUCUCUGGAAGCUUCCGUGCAUCUUCGUGUGCGAGAACAACAAGUACGGGAUGGGCACGUCGGUGGAGCGCGCCGCCGCCAGCACCGACUACUACAAGAGGGGGGACUUCAUCCCCGGCCUGCGGGUGGACGGCAUGGACGUGCUGUGUGUCCGGGAGGCGGUGAGGUUUGCGGCGGAUCACUGCAGGUCCGGGAAGGGUCCAAUGGUGAUGGAGCUGCAGACGUACCGCUACCAUGGACACAGCAUGAGCGACCCGGGAGUCAGCUACCGCACUCGGGAGGAGAUCCAGGAGGUGCGCAGCAAGAGCGACCCCAUCUCCCUGUUGAAGGAGCGGAUGCUCGCUCACAACAUGGCCACCGCCGACGAGUUCAAGGAGAUGGACCUGGCCAUCAGGGAGGAGGUGGAGGAGGCCACCCAGUUCGCCACGUCUGAUCCAGAACCGCCGUUGGACGACCUCUGCCAUCACAUCUUCUGCGGUGACGCGCCGCUGGCCGUACGCGGGACCCACCGCUGGUCUGAGCUCCAGUCGCUCAGCUAGACGAGGAGCAGACCUUCCAGAACCUUCCUGCACCUUAGUGGACCCCAGAGAGCACCACCUUAUUGACCAGAUAUUUAUUUAUUUAUUUAUUUAUUUAUUUACUUACUUAUUUACCUACCUACCUGUGAGAGUGUGUCUAUGUCCAUUACGCACGUCCCAGAUGGAGAGUUCAAGUCUGUAGCUGGCUCCUCAGGUGGUCCAGGGUCUUGUACCUUCUGUUGGCGCCCUGUAGUGACGGCGCCCUCCACUCUGGCGAGUCGCUCUGGAUCCGGUAGUUUCCGGCGGUCCUCAACAGACCCACCAUUUGAAACCUUGACUUCUGUGCUCGGGGUUUCCACCUCCUGUCCCGUCCAGUGGUGUUCUGCCAGACCGAGCCACAAACCAGGACCCGGGAGGAAGCCCCAGGGCAGACCAGGACAGGCCUCUUUAGCCCAGCUGCUGCCCCCUCGACCUGACCUCAUGAGCGUGGCUGGAUGGUUUAAUUCUUCUGUUGGUAGUUCCACCUGAAUAUGGUACUCUGGAAGUUUGGACAAUAAAGGUCUGGAUGUCUCAAGGGUUGAAAGACGGCUGCGUUCUGAGCUCUGGGAAAGGAAGUUCCACCGUGAAGAAGCCAAAUGCUUCACAACGUUGCUCCUCCUGAAGCAUCGUCACCGGGAGGUUCUCCACUGGUCGGUCCACUGACAUCUGUCAGGUGUCUCCGUGAAAACUGCAGUCACAGU